AUGGUAAAACAUAAGCGUGAAAGAAGCGUUAAUUUCACUCACGAAGAAACGGAUCUUCUAGUGUCGCUUGUAGAAGCAAAGAAACAAAUAAUUGAAAAUAAAAAAAGUGAUGCCGCGACUUGGCAAGACAAAGAAAAAGCCUGGAAGGAAAUUGAGACGGCAUUUAAUGCAUCAUCUGGCUCAGUCUUUCGCAACCACAAACACCUCAAGUUAAAGUAUGAGGCAAUGAAAAAGGAUAUAAGGAAGAAAAGAGCUAUGAUUCGAGCUGACCGAUGCAAAACUGGUGGCGGUAUGAGCACAACUCCAGUGCUUACACGUGCAGAGCAAAAAGUACAGGAGAUGAUUCGUCUCUCUAUUGAGGAAAAUGAAAGUUCUGAUUCCGAUGUGGUCUUGCCAUGUAACCAAAAGCCAAAAGAAAAAAAACCUAUGGAUAAAUUAAUAGAAGAAAAAUUUGAGAUAGCAAAAAUUCAAAAACAAAUUGUAAUAGAGGAACUGGAACAAAAAUUAUUACAGAGAAAAAUUUUAGAAAAAGAAUUAAAACACAAGGAUGUUAUGCACGAAUUAGAACAACAACACCUUCUUCUCAAAAUAGAAUUUUUAAAAAAGAAUUUAAGGGAAUAG